AUGAGCCACCCCUCGGACCUCCCAUGCGACGACGACUCGGACCGCCUUGGCUUCGACUUCUUCACGAGCGCCGCCUUGCAGUGCGGGUCCUCACCUCGGCAAGACGACAUGCGAUACCAGGUCCCAGCUCACCAGGCCCAGCAAUACCUGCAGGCGAACGUCUACGCUGGCGCUUCCGGGUCUUGGGGUGCACAGAUCGAAUCUAGUUACGAUGCCAACAACCUCAUCGAUCAGUCGUAUGCGUCGUAUCCUGCGUCGGGCCUAUCAGCGAUGGGGGAUCCACGGUGCUUAGCGGCGACGACCCAACCUGGGCACGACAGGAGCCUCGCGUCGACCUCGCGCCUUUCUAAGUCCAUUCCAUCUUACAGCCAACCUGUGGGUACCGCGUACCAGGAUGUGACCUCCAAUUCAAGCUACUCGGACGGGACACCGGGGCCGUACCAGCUCCUCGCAUAUGACGCCCACCACCGACCGAACUCGACCUCGGACUCUUAUCCCUCAGCCGAUGCGUAUCCGUAUCAACGCGAUCCAUUUCGACCACAACACCCCCUCGAGCACUCGUUCGACAACUCUCAUACCCAAUCAACAUUGAACGAUAACCACCACGGACCGGAUUGGUCCGCGUCGCAGCAGUCUCAGCAAGAGCCUCCUCUUCAUCGUCCACACAAACAGCAGCGGCAACAGCAGUGGCCCGGAGCCAUGCAUUCUCAAUUUUCAUCUACCCCACGGACCACUGUCGGCUCGGCACCAUUCGAAGCUCCUAUUCAUACAGUGGUAUCAGAUCUGGGUCCUUACGCGCCUUAUCAGAGUGAAUGGCAGUACCACGAUUACCCGGCAUUGGCCGGUUCAGGUGAGUGGUCAUGACCCGACAUGCGAAGCGCUUUGAGCAAAUGGCUGACCCCCCCGGGUGCGCUACAAAUGUCUGGUAGUCUCGCGCUCCUCUUCGACCAGCCGGGAUUCCAAUCAUUCUUCGCAAUAUCCAUCCUACUCGGCAUCUGGACAAUGGGCCUCGGCCGCCAACCUGGCUCAACUCCAGCCGCAACAUCAGCCUCACUUGCAACAUACGGGCCACUACUACCUCCCUCACGAGUAUGACGCUCCAUCAGCGGCUCCAACGGAUCACGAUUACCAUUCUUCGUCGCUGUCCGCACUUGACCAAUCCUACCGCACCCAAACAAACGGCCAGCUUCGUCCGAACGGGACGUCGCAUCCGGUGCCGCUCGAAGGAGCGUACGACUCUAGUAGGAACUCGUCAGCGCCUCUCCGCGCUCCUGCUCAGAGAGGUCCGAUUCCGCUCCGCUACGCUUCUCCCGUUUCACUUCCCCCCGGGGGGCCUGGUAGCACCGAUACUUCCGACCCUUCGUGGCAUGGACCACCCACCGGGACCUUGAACCCAGCCCUCCACUCGUCGUCACACGCGUUCACUUUUGCCCACAACGCUCUGCCCACCAGUACCGCCGGAACCCACAGUUCAAAGUCGGGCUCCUACGAUAGUCGCUUGAUCUCGACCCCGCCGAUGACGCCUGGCAGUGCUCCCGGCUCGAGUGGGUCAGCAACGACGUCGGAAGCGGCGAGUUCCCCAUCCGCAGUUGUGCUCGUCGCUGCGGCUGAACGGAGAAAGAUCAGGGAAGAACUUGCGGCGGCAGAAGAAGCGAGCAAGAACCUCGCCGCGUCCCCCGGGAAUCUGGUCCCUUCUUUAAUUCCGGGUGUCAAGGCGGUCGCGGUCAAGAAAUCGACGCAGCCUGGAUCAGCACGCCCCUGUCUCGAGUUGCCGGUGUCGUGUCAAAUGUGCGCGGAGCCGAUCGGCAAACUGUCUCUGCGCGGCACGUCGAUCGAUAAGGCCAAAGAUCAGGUCGUCCCAAAGGGGGUAUACUAUUGCCUGGGGUGCGUGCCUGUAUCGACCCGAGGCAAGCCCUCAUCGGCGAACCGUGAACCCGAAGCCACAUACGCCGACACGCUUUCCGCAGCCGUGGAUCGACUCGAAAGCCUCACGCUGGGACGAUCACCAAACCACGGAGCGUCGCCGACUGGAUCUGCGCAGCAUCGAUCGGCCCCUCAUCCGGCGCCGACUUCGGCAUCGAAGAAACGGGCCAAGGGCGAGGAGAACCUGUUGACAUGUGACAUUUGUCGACGUGAUAUCGGCAGUGGCGAGUUGACGUGCGUGCUCAGGGGUGCACCGCCGGGAACUGAGGUCGAGUACACGCCCGAGGUCGCAUGCGCUAGUUGCUCGGACAAGUAUCGACGUUGUUCCGAUUGCGGUGGUGGUGGUGGCACUAAAGGGUGAAUUCUGUGCAUUGGCGUCGGCGUCUCGUAUGUGAGCAUAGCUAACCCCCGUAAUGAUUUGGAUCGAGCAGUGUCGGACGUUGGCGAGCACGAGAACUCUUCCCUGGUGGACGACGAACCUGUCAGCUCUCUCACGCUCGGCAGGGUAGCCUCAGUGAGAUGUCGUAGUGAGUACAUGACUCAGAAUGACCGCGUCCGCGGUAUAUAAACUGAUCUACGUACCUCUUUUGCGUGGCGUGCCCCUAAAAGCGACGUUUGGCCCAUCACGUCCCUUCCGCCCGAUCAGCUCCCGGACUUGGUCGCCAUGUGCCGCGAGCUCUAUAUGCUCCACGUUCUCGGCACGCUCGCCGUCCCCGACAUGAUGGAGAGCGUGGCCCCGCUCGCGUCGACGUUCGAGCAGGUCUUGUUGCUGGCGACGGAUUCGUGGCCGUGAGUCGGUUCCUAAGCGCUAUCUUAAUUCGUUUCGAUUCGCUGGCUGACGUGAUUCGGUCGUGACUUCGAUUUGCAGGAUGUUUGAACAAGCGAUUCGAGAGGUGAGUAGCAAGCGUUUAAUCUUAUAUUCCCGAUCGGAUCGUUGACGACUUUCAUCGCCCUGUCGUACAGAACAUUGAGCCGACCACAUCGACGCGGCGCUACCUGGCAUUGCGGUGGAUGACGGCGAGGAAGCCUCGAUCCAAGGGUGAAGGGAGUCGUGGUGCGAACACGCCCAGUUUGACUGCGAAUGGGAGGACCCUUGCAGGCUUCGUACUCGCGGAGCAAGAUGUGGGUUCAUUCUUCCAACCUGAUGCACAAUUCGGUAUACUCACAGCUUCCUUCUUUUUCCUCAACGCCACAGCUCUUACUCGGCUCCUGUUACAUCACCGUGACGGUGCCGACCGGUACCGGAGAAGGCUACGACGCGACGUCGAGGUUGAUGCAUUCGCUCUUCCGCCACAUUCAAAAUGACAUCGCGUCGAUCAACACCGUGCGCGGGAGGCAGAACGAACCCUUGUUGCCCCUGCUCAAGCACGCUUGGACGUUGCGUGAGUAAAGGUGGUGGAGGUGAGCAGGCGGCGACUCGCUGUACAGGUCUUGACAUUCAAGUCUGCUUCUGACCACAGACUUUGAGAAGCGCGAAUCACGCGUCAUGAAUCGACCUGAUGCGAAGCGAGGAUUCGUCACACUCGAAGAAUGUGAGCCCCCUCGCGAACGGGUCGUCGCUGAGGAGAUGACCUAAUCGCUGACACUGGUACUGCACCCCCGUCAAUAACAGAUCUCGCCACCUAUCCCGAUGCCGAUGAGAAGCACUUCUCACCUUAUCGACCAGUGUGGUUGUCCAACGACCGUGAGUACUAGCUAGUCCCUGCCUACCCAAGCCUCAUCAUCCCACUCACACUCCGCACCCACCUGCUCCUCCCCAGUGCUCAAGUAUUGGACCUGUUACGUCAAGCGCAUCACCGACAACGACGAUUGGCUCGUCACCAACACCCGUCGGAUCACGAGUACGAGUGCUGGUUCGAGUGCCGGUGGCAAUGCUAAUGGAGGAGGAGGAGCUGCACCACCGCGAUCAUGA